GGUGAAUCUGGUGUCGGACAUGCAUUUUCACACCAGAUCCAGGUCUAUUCCUUUCCCAUGUAUGCAGACUAGUCCCACAAAGAACACAACAUACAAUGAUGCACACAAUUAGAGUUAGGUGCUGCAAGGCUCAAUAUGGAGGUGAAAAGCGUACUGUAUUUCAAUGUAUUUUCUGUCAUUUGUCAUUUGUUGCUAGCUUUUAGCAUCUCUUGGCCGUUACUAGUAGCCCCCGCAAGAUGAGCGGGCGGUCAAAAAAAGGUUGAAACUCAGUUGUAGCUUGUAAGCUGCAGCUACUUUGCCCAGUCAACGCACUAAAGUCCAGUAGCAUGCAGCAGAUCAAGCACUACCGCCAGUUGCUCGGGAGAACUUUUAGGUUUCUGGAAGGUGAUAGCUGUGUUCGCUCAAAUCUUGCCAUUUUUUUGCAGAGAUAGUAUAUAGAGAUGCCUCCGAAGAGAAGUCUUGGAGUUAUGGCUGGCGAUGUCAAGAACAAGGCCUCCCAGCUGAAGUCCGCCGUACUGUUGCGAAUGAAGGCCAAGUCCGUUGAGACUUCGUCACCUAGUGCUGCUCCUUGUAGCACGGCCUUGGCUGCCUCCUUGAAACGGAGAAUACGGAGAGUACUGGAAAGACGAGCAAAGAAAACCUGUGCCAUGUAUUGUCCAGCGAACUCAGCGAACCUAGUGAACAUGAGUCUGAAGAGGAUGGAUUGCGCCCUGACACAGUUGAUUCACAUGACGUGCGAAGGCCGAAUGCAGCUAAUGCGGCCAGUCAGAAAUUGCCAGUUCAGGAGCUAGAUCCCAAAGUGACUGGUGCUGUCCUUCUUUGCUCCAUCCUAGCCCUUUGCCGCCCAUCCCUCUUGCUACUAGUUUUGCUGGUGAUGGGGAACCUCAUUUUGGCUUUUGUAGUAGCAACGCUUUGCAUGUAUCUUCGCGGCAAAGCAUCUCCGGCACCAGCACCAUUAGCCGCAGUGGGUGAUCCGCAUGAUGAAGAUGGUGACAUCAAAGCUCCUGUUGGCUUGCAGCAGUUGCUUAGCCCUGGAUGGAUUCGCAUGCGAGAGAUCAUCGCCCAGAGGGAUUUCCAAGGAGUAGUAAAGGCAGUCGAUCUUGGCGAUCAGCCUCCUGAAGUGACUUUCGUUCAAUCUGCUAACGCCCCUUGCGACGAUGUGGUGUGCUUCAACGUUGGGCUGUUGCUAAGUUCAGACUGCAACACUUUCGUUCCGCCCACUGUGCUGAUAGAAGUGAAGCUUCCUGGAUACUCAACUCCAUGGACCUUCCGCUUGAAACUAUUGUCCCUCCAGAUCACAGUACAAUUGUAUUUUUGGAGUUGGCCUCCUGAAGGGUGGGGCAGCGGGCGACCAUUCUCCUUGAUAGAAGGGGCUUUGUGUCCAGAGGCAAAUCCACCUUUGGUGAGAGUUGCUUUGGAAGCAGUCUCAAAGUCAUCUCUUUUCGAGCAAUUUCUUUCUGGAUGUGAGCCUGUCGCGUCUGCAGUGAUUUGCUCCCAUGUUUUGCCGCGCUUCACUGGUUUUCAAAACCGAGUGAUCUUAGAGGAAGGACGUGCACAGAAGAAGGCCAAGGACAGCAAAGCUUGGCAGCAAAAAGCUCGCCGUGCUGGCUGGCAACCACGAGCAGAAGCUGCUGUUGAGAGUGCUUUGGGCCAGAUGUUCAGUGAAGCUGGAGGAUUUGCCUACGAAGCUGUUGCUAAUACAGCAGCUAGCGCAGCAGCUCAGGGCGCAGCAGCAGCUCGAAUGCUGAAGUCAUCUUUUGGAAUGGAGCCAUGAGGAGAUUGCAGUCCUUCAAAAGCCAUUUGGGGUGGAUUCUGGCCCAGCUGCUCGUUCCUACAGACUCAUCGUCAAACGGAAGCUGUACGACGGUAUGAGGCCAAAGAAGAGAGACUUCUCGGGCUUAGAUUUGGUUGAAGAAAAGAACCAGGAUGGACGAGGAAAAAGGGAAUUUAAGUGGCGAAGCCGUGAUGGCGAAGCGUGGUGAAGCUGCAGAUGGACAGCUUCACGGACUUCAUGGGCUUGCAGAGGCUUGCAGAGGGUGGUUGGCGGUUUUGCCAAGCCGAAUGGUACCAUCAAGUGCCCGAGAUUGGAUCG